GUUGAUUUAGCGUGGUAAAGAUUUUUACGAGUUGUUGAUGCAGUGGUGACUAUCAUCGGAUUUGACAGAUUACACAAUGAAAUGGCUGGUGUGUGCCUUGGGGAUGAAUUGUCAUUGUUGUAAUUGAAUUCAUUCGCCUUAUUAACGAUAUCCGAAUAACAUAGUAUUGUUACAGAAUCGUCAGUCGACCAACGUGCUACUUCAACGUGAUCAGUUUGCAAGCUAACUUGUUCAACAUUCUCUCAACUUUUCCUCCUCUGUCUUCAGCCCUUCUGAGCGAAAACUCCGUUAAUUGACUAUUGCUGAAAUGGCUCAAAUGUGUGUUGCAUCUUGUCAUCAAAAGCUGAAACAAUGUUUUCAGACAUUGGAAAAUAACCACAAAGCAUGGAACUUGGUACAGAACGAAUGCACGCCUCUGAUCAGCUCACUAGGAAACUUGGGUGAGCAAUUAAUUGCCCUGGACAAUGUCCAGCUCAAUGUUACACCGCUGCAGCGCUUUCCUGAUUUGCAGGAACGUCUGCGCAUUAAACUUCUACAGGCUGUCGACGUUGUGUUGGGCAAAUUGGCAGACAAAUUGGACGAGCUUCAGAGAUUGCUGAAAACCAUGGACAAUCAAGUGUCUACAGUGUUCCAGUUUUACGAGCAGAACACGGCUACACUCGACCUCGCCACCUGCACCAUGAGGUCGUCCACAUCGCCAUCCAUAGCAGACAUGCUUGAGUGGCUUCAAGAUGCCAAUAGCUACCACCGCCAACAAUUCCUGAGGAGAAAAUACCUGUUGCAAGUGCUGACACCUGAUGACUUAUCUCUCCUGCAAGAGGUUCCCAAAAGAUGGGAAUCUGUUGACUCACCUGAUGGAGAUGAGCAUAUUUCAGACACAUUAUUAAGAGUCAGCCUCUUUGUUGACUCCUAACAACUGACCAACUGAAGACUUGGUAAAAGUCUUGCUCCCUGUCUUCAUGGGCAUAUGAUGUCUUGCUCCCUGUCUCCAUGGGCAUGUUGUCCACUGUACACUCACCUUGGAUUUGAAGAGGAAGGGAGACUUGAAUAGGAAUGACCAGUAGCACUGAAUCCCUCCAGAGACAUUGUCUGGCAUACACAUGUCUAGUCUACACGGGAUGGCUGAGCAUAGCAACUACUAAUGCUGGAGAAAAUGAAGAGGAGCAAGGCUAUGUGGUGGAUACAAGGCUGAGUUCAGCAAGCCUUCUGUGACCUGUCUGAAAGUGACUGAAGUGCAGAUGGUCAGUCUCAAGGCUAUGGUGUAUUGAUGAACAGUUGGCAGAGCAUACAAGAUCAGUCAAGUCUGGAAAUAUCACAUUUCUCAUGAGAUUCAUACCACUUGGGAAAUAAAUGUUUGCACUGAGUGGAUAGUUGUCCUUCAGACAGUCAUUAACAUUUCUCACAUUCACUCAAUACAACAAUUGAAUGCAAAUAAUUUUUUUUAUAUGUAAGUUGGAUGGAAAAAAGUAAAUUGUUAUUUAUAUUUUUGUGAUACAAAAGGGGGCAGACUUUUGUAACUAGUAAGCUUCAGCCAGUGGUCCUAUGCUUAAAUUAGGGUUGCAUGAUUUGUGAAAAAUAAACUUCACUGUCUGUUCCACAAGGAGGAUGAUAUGAAUAUAAACAUCAUAGAUUGUUAACCAAACAAAUCUUAACAAACCAAAAUUAACCAUUCAGACAGAGUUAUGAGCUGCAUGAUUAAUUGCAAUCUUGCUGAUUAGAUAAUUGUAUUAGUUCAAAUUGCAAUUUCAAUUAGAAACUGAUUAAUUGUGCAGCUUUAUCUUAAAUGUUGUAAAUAACGGGUUUUCCCUAAAUCUAUAUCCCUAUCCUUUCCUUCUGAUAAAAGGGCACUGUCCAAACAGAACUUCA